AUGAACCCACCCGACGAGAACGCCAUAACGCGGAAAAUCAACCUGCUGCGGAAGCAGCGGGAAGGAGGCUCGCCGCGUAGACAGCGCACUUAUGAAGACCUGUUGCAGGAAAUGGAGAAUUGCGUGCGAAUACGUAACGGGUACAAAAUAAGUUCCAUCCUUAAGCUAACUCAACUACCAGUAGACAUCCUCCUCUUUGACGAAACAACAGAAACCGAGUUAAGGAAAAAAAUAAAAAAAAAAAAUUCGCUAAAAAAUUAUGAACAAUUAAUAAUAGACCAUUACACUAUUAUCAAAACAUUGUGCAAUCGAAGCAGUAUUAAUUGGGACGUCCUCCUCAGUACAGGAUGCAAGUUUCUCUCCUCCUUUCUCCAUCUUUACAGUGAAAACCUGUGGUUACUACCAUACCUACUAAGCAUCUGCUCCUUCCUAAAUACGAUAAGUACCUUAGCGGAUUCGCAUUACAACACCAGUAACAAAAACGACAUAUAUAAUGAAGAAAAUGAAGACAUAAAUGAGAAGAAUAAAUACACAAUUGAGGUAUUAAACUCAAUUAGAGGAAAAAUAGGCAUCGUUAAAGGAGACAUAGAAAAGCAUGGAGGAUUCGUCAUCCUCAUGUUUCAAUCGAUAAAACUAUGUAUGAAAUUGAAUAACAUGCAGAUAACAACAAGUUUUCUAAAAAUAAUCAACUCAACAGAUAUAGGCUACUCCUAUAUUCCGAGAUCAUUUAUUGUUCUCUUUAAGUAUCAGUUAGGAAAAUUAUAUUUGCACAAAAUGGACUAUGAGAAGGCGGAGAAGGAAUUCAUCUGGGCCUUCUCCAAUUCGAGAAAAGGAAAAACAGAUUUUAAGAAAAAACUAUUGGAGAGUAUUAUAUCCAUCCGAUUGAACAAAGGACUCUACCCUCCGAAGAGAUUGUUACAGGAUUAUGAACUAACCAUCUAUAUGGAUAUCAUUCAUUCUAUCAAACAGGGAAAUAUCUUUCUCUACAAUCGCGUCAUGGAUAAACACUCCAAGUAUUUCUUUGAUAACGGACUGAAUGAAUGCAUUGACCAGAUUCACUUUGUCGUCAAACGUAACCUCCUCAAAAUUGCUGUCGAUUGGUGGAAUGGGACCAUUAAGGAUAAUCCAAACAAACUGUAUAAAGUCCCUAUCUGUAUUUUUCAUCACAUUUUUAACUGGGCCCAGAUCACACAGCACCACCACCAAUUGGAGACCCUCUGUAUUAUCACCUCUCUCAUUCUUUUUAAAUACAUAAAUGCGUAUGUCGCCUACGACAGCAACAUCCUCGUGCUCAGCAAGAACGACCCCUUUCCCUCGUUGUCCAAGUCUCGCAUGGGUGCCAGGGGCGCCGUGGACAAGGCCUACGCCUGA